GGUGGGUAUGUGCACUCGACAACAUCUCGAUAGGCAAACACCGCAUACUCAUCACAGACGACGGAAGACCACACAACGUACACUAUCAAUUGAUCUGGACAGGAAGCUCGGACUGAAGCACCGGUACAAUAAUGUCUGCCAACCUACCCAAGCGUAUCCUCAAGGAGACCGAGAGGCUCGUAGCAGACUCGCCGCCCGGUAUCGAGGCUCACCCUCAUGAGGACAAUCUGCGUUAUUUCGAUGUCAAGAUCGAUGGACCCGGUGGGAGUGCUUUCGAGGGCGGAAUCUUCAAGCUGGAACUGUUCUUGCCGGAAGACUACCCCAUGGCACCUCCCAAAGUGAGGUUCCUCACCAAGAUCUACCACCCCAACAUCGACAAGCUCGGGAGAAUCUGUCUUGACAUCCUCAAGGACAAGUGGUCGCCCGCUCUUCAGAUUCGAACUGUGCUCCUCUCCGUUCAGGCGCUGCUAGGAGCUCCUAACCCUGACGACCCUCUCGCCAACGACGUGGCACAACACUACAAGGACGACGAGAAGGGUGCCAUUGCCGUGUCGAAAGAAUGGACGCAGAAAUACGCCGUCUAGGUCUCGACGCCUACUUGCUCCAUAACCGCACGAUCCGAUAUAUCCUUCUUCCUUCUCAGGUCCCACGUUGUGUCUCGUCGAGAGAUCUUGUUUUAUUUCUAGCGAAUUUAAAUAUAUAUCAUCAAAAAAGCAAAGC